CCUGAAUUUACACAAGUAAGUGUGCGCAGGAUGACUGAGGAUCAUAAAGAAUAAAGAAGAGGGUCAUUUAUGGUUUAAUCAACUUGAGACAGUUUAGAAAUAUAAUGAGACUUUGUAGAGCAAGUGAGAACAGUUUACUGGAGAACUGAGACAGGUGUGGAAAAUUGCCGAAUUUAAUUUUUAUAGGAUCAUACGUUUCAGAAGUUUUUGAAAAGAAGAAAAAUAUUCACCUCUUCUUUUAAGGCGUUUUGCUAACCACCCACAGCAGGAUGCAAGACUCUGAAUGGUCAACAGUAACACAUCUUGGAACAAUACGACACAAACAAGAUGCAGUGCCUUCCAAUAAUAACAUCACAAGCCACGACUGGAGUGACUUACCAGAAUGUUCGAUCUGCUUUUGUGCAUACGACAACACUUUCAAGACUCCAAAGCUUCUUGAUUGUACCCAUACCUUCUGCCUAGAGUGCCUGGCACGUUUUGUGGCUAUUGCACCAGAGCAGAAUGUCACCCAGAUCACCUGCCCCCUUUGUCGACGCCGAACAUCUGUACCCGAGCAUGGUGCCCCAGGUCUGCUCACCAGUCAGGAAGUUUUGGGUCAACUUCCGAGCGACCAGCAACAAGUGGAAAAAGUUUUCCUGGAUGGACAGAAACUGUGCUACUCGAACACAACAAUACCCAACUGUAUCUGUAUUAACAUCGCGGGGAACAAACAAGACGAGAGCGAGAGGAGUGAGGAGAGAACUGAGGGUUGUGGGCGGAGGCUGUUGAGAUUUUUAGGGUUUUACGGUAACAGGAAGAGACUCCUACUCUUUCUCAUAGUCAUUCUUGUACUACUAUUUGUCAUAAUGUGGCCUCUACAGUGUUUGUUUGUGUCUAAAUGUGUCAGGGAAGAAGCAGGAACUCCAGCAACGUUUAUUGUCACAAGGCCUGCAGUAGGGCACACAUGAAUGUUGUGAAACAGACUGAGGUUACCUUUCAUGCAAACCCGGAAGCAUUUACUUGAGUGUAAGCAAAACACUUUGUUGAUAAGAUUUACUGCUGUGAAAUGAAGGCUGAUAGCAGGAGAGACUAAAACACAGUUACAUUUACAGCUUGAUAUUUCGUUCAAACCAUGCAGCUUUCUCAAAUUUCACUUCACUUGUUCCUGAGAACAGAAAUUUGUCAAGUUUUACAUUUAUACAAAAUAUUGUUCACUGAAUAUUUGUUGAUAUGCUUUUAAAGGUGGGGUGCAUGAUCUCUGAAAGCCAAUGUUGACAUAUGAAAUCAAGUAAACAAACACACCCCUACCCCAAUAGAAUCUGGACCUUCUUUUGAUAGACCCACCCAACACACAGUAGACACGCCCCCUUACUGCUGAUUGGCUACAAGUGUGUUUUGGUAGUCGGUCCGACUCCCUUUUCCAAAGUGUUUUUUAAAAAAUCAUGCACCCCACCUUUAAUUGACGCAUUUAUACUUUUCACACUUCAUUGUAAAUUAUUUUUUAAUGUUUAAAUAUUUUUGUAAUUUGUGAUAAAUUGAUACUGUUUUAAACCUUUACAUUUUUAUUUAUCUUA